AUAAGCAAUUAUGAGAAAGCACUCGGACAGGGAACACAUCCAGCAAACCUCAUCUCCAACAAUGCGCACGAUUGCUUGGAGUUCCCCAUAAUCUCAGAACCAACUCAUCUGAUGUCUCCAGUCUUUGGAUCUUCCCAAGUAGGCUUUGGAGAUUCAUAUCAAGCUUCUCGGAAGCAGAGUUCCUCGUCCGCCCUGACAUCACUGACCACCUGCCAUUGCUCAAGUAUGGUUUUAGAAACCUUGACAAGGGUCAGUGGAGAGUCUGUUGACGGUAAGACUCACCAGAUACAUCAAGCUCUCGACAUGAUCAAGAAAAUUCUGAAUCACUUAUCGGUUGGCGCGACAUGCCAAACGUGUAAUCACCAAAGCGAUCUUAUGAUGUUGAUUACGACCACUUUUGAGAAAUCUAUUGAUUCAUUUGAUCGCUCGCUAAAACGAUACAAAAGUAGAAUCACAACAUCUGAAUGGCAAUCUCUUGAUAUGUUUUUUGGUCAAGAAAGUAGUUUCAGCUCGUCAGGAGAAGCAACACAGCUUUCCUUCUCUUCGAUUGAUGCAUCACAGAAUGAUUUAGGGCUGGAAAAACUCAAAACGAUAUCUUUUGGAGAGUAUUGCGUGGACCAGAGAGAGGAGCAGUUACUGUUAGUAGCUGUGUUGGUGAAGUGUCAGAUCAGAAAGUUAGCACAGUUCCACAGCAAGAUACAGGCAUUAGCUGCUCUAAGAAAGUGGGAAAUGCAUCGGGUUCUUUUAGACCAAGUCGGGCAGAAGAUUAGAGCCUUGUAUCUGAAGUAG